AUGAAGAUACCAACGCUGCUGGCAGCCCUACUGACAAUAUGGAUUUCAGUUGCUGAAGCUGGUCUCGAAAUGGAUCUUCUCAACAUAGAUGGUUUGAACACAUUCAAAACUAAAUAUUUAAACAAUCCCGGAGCAGCAAGUUCAGCAAUUGCUGCAAUACGUAGAAAUGCCCAAACCGCUCUCGCUAAUCCUAAUCCAUACUCAGUCAUCAAUUCCUCCGUCGUUCCUCCCGACAAAGAUAUGCACCAGUUCUACUCAUGGGCUCCCUACUGGUGGCCAAAUUGCAAAGGUAUUAAAAAUGUAAAGGAUGAGCAGACAGACUGUCCAUAUGAACAAAAAGACGGGCAAUACGUCCCUGACAUUGGAAAAAUAUCUGACCCAAAGGAUGCCAGUAAAUUGACUACAGACGUGACAACAAUGGCGCUUGCAUAUGCGUUAAAUGGUGAUGAAAAUCUCGCCACGAAGACCGCCCAUCUUUUGGAUACUUGGUUCUUGAACAACAACACAUUCAUGAAACCGGAAUUGAACUUUGGACAAGUCAUACGCGGCAAAGGUCGUUUCACGGGUAGACCAGAAGGUAUACUGGAUCUGAGAUCGUUCGUAUAUAUUCCGCCAGUCGUUGCACUGCUUGAAAAGUCGAGUGUGGGCACUAGCUUAACAAACGGCCUUAAAGCAUGGUUUAAUGAUUACUCAACUUGGUUGCUCACCUCAGACCUUGGCAAAGGCGAAAUGGCUGCCAACAACAACCACGGUUCGUUCUUUGUAGCGCAAACAGCUACCUAUUUACAUUUUGCAGACAGAGACGAUGAUGCUCGUAAUUUGAUUAGCAGCUUUGUCAGCGGUAUAUACCAAGGUCAGAUAAACAAAGACGGAGAACAACCUCUAGAAGCAGCGCGUACAAGGCCAUUCCAUUACCAAUGCUUUAACCUAGUUGCGUUAGUAUACAUCGCCCGUCUAUCAGACCAACUUAAUGGUACUAACGUGUGGGAAGCGAAAACUGCCCAAGGCGCAACGAUAAAAACAGCUAUCGAUUAUUUGGUUCCAAUCACGCAAGGUAUUCUGACAGAUAUGAAAAACGGGAAAAGCGUAAAAGAGCCACCGGAUACGCUUACCACGCCCUUAUACGCAGCUCGUGAUCAUUAUGGAGAUCCCGAUGGACAAUAUACGACGCUUUUAAACAAACUUCUUACCAUCACCAGUGGACCAAGUGAAUUUUGGACAGUAUGGAAUCCACAGGCAUUGUCAAACCUUAAUGCCACGUCUAACUCUACUGACGAUGACAGUAGUGGAUUCGAUGGGUAUGAUGGAUCCGGAGACGGCUGGGACCCGUAUGGAAACACAACUACUAAUGAAUAUAACAGUGUUGGUAACAGCGUGAGGCUAUACAAUGGACUAUGGGCUGUCGUCAUGGUUGUAGUUGCAUUAUUGAUUUAA